AUGGCAUCCCAUCUUGACAGUCCGUUUGAUCUUGAGCGAUGUGGUCCAGCUGUCGAUCUGGCUUUGGAAGAAGUGAACGAAUUCCUGAAAGUUCACAACGUGCAGCUGCGCAAAGUCCAAGGAAGUUAUCCGACCUGCAGCGGGGCGAGAGCACCCGGUUUAGCAGCGGAUAUGCAUUUUCGUGACAACGUGAUCGCAUUCGUUGGACCGGCCUGCGCCUUCGCCCUGGAACCUGUGGCACGUCUCGCAGCCUACUGGAACAGUCCAAUUAUUACCGGUAUGGGUGAUCAAUUUGGUUGGUCCCACGUCGCGCUUAUACUGGACAGAUCGGACUUGUUUUCAUUGACGGUAGGGAAGAAUCUGGAAUAUGGUCUGCAUAAGGACGGACUUCUAAAAUUCGUAAGGGAGUUAGAUGGAAAUUCCGAGGACGAGUCGUAUCAUCUUUACCUGCGCGACGCGAGCAUGUACGCUAGAAUUGUAAUUCUCAGCGUUCGCGGAACGCUCGUCAGAAGAUUUAUGCUGGCCGCUCACGAAUUAGGAAUGACAAAAGGGGAUUGGGCUUUUUUCGAUGUCGAGAUAUUUCACGGUUCGUACUGGGGCGAUCAUGACUGGGAAGUUGGGGACGAGGACGAUGCCACUGCCAGGAAGGCUUACGAGGCUUUACUGAGGGUGUCUCUUCUUCAACCGACUAGCCCACGAUUUCAAGAUUUUGCUGAUAAUGUUAAGCAUCGUGCACAAAUCAAUUACAAUUAUUCAUUUUUAGAUGACGAAGAAGUGAAUUUCUUCGUCGGAGCAUUUUACGAUGGUGUUUACUUGUUAGGGAUCGCGUUGAACGAGACCCUGGCCGAAGAUGGAGAUAUAAGAGACGGCAUAUCUAUAACGAGAAGAAUGUGGGACCGAAAUUUCAUGGGUAUUACAGGUCACGUCAGGAUAGAUGACAAUGGGGAUCGUGACGCGGAUUACAGCAUUCUUGAUUUAGAUCCCAUUACUGGAAGGUUCGAAGUGGUUGCUCAUUAUUUAGGAUUAAAUCGAGAAUAUAGCCCUAUGACUGGCAAGAAGAUCCAUUGGCCGGGUGGAAGGGAAGGACCCCCACUAGAUAUUCCGGAGUGUGGUUUUUUAGGAAAUGACCCGGACUGCACGUCAAGAAGAGAAGCUUAUACGUUUGUAGCUUACACAGGCAUAGCGCUCGCUGUGUUUCUACUAGCUGCGAUUACAGCAGCGUGUUUAUUAUACAGACAUUUGCGAUUAUCUGCCGAUCUCAAUAAUAUGUCUUGGCGUGUGAGACCUGAGGAAUUGCUUCUAGAAGUUGGGAAGCAAUUCUCAUCGAAGAUAAAUCUACACCAAGCGAUAUCCGAUGCAAACAAUUACGGAUUGGAACAAAGAAUACGUCGCGGUUCGCAGAUUAGUUGCGAAUCAUUGCCGCCAACGACGGUUUUUACCACUAUUGGGAUAUAUAAGGGCGAGAGAGUAGCUAUCAAGAAGGUCACGAAGAAGAAAGUAGUCGACGUGACAAAGAAAUUGCUUUGGGAAAUCAAACAGGUCAGGGACGUCACGUCGGAAAACACCGUGAGAUUUAUCGGGGCUUGCCUCUGUUCGCCAUCACCGACUGUCUUAAUUCUUACCGAAUAUUGUCCUCGAGGCUCGUUGAAGGAUGUUCUGGAAAAUGAGGCAAUUAAGUUGGAUUGGAAUUUUCGAAUGUCCCUGAUCCACGAUAUCGUCAAGGGAAUGUCUUAUCUUCAUGCCAGCGAGGUUUCUGCCCAUGGAAAAUUACGAUCAUGUAAUUGCCUAAUCGACGGUCGUUUCGUAUUAAAAAUUUCGGAUUUCGGUCUCAAAACUCUCACCACACCUUCAGAAUUGAUUAUGGACGAGAAUUAUUACAUUAAAUUACUUUGGAUCGCUCCGGAACUUCUGCCAUUAACGAUAACACCCGGAAGCGCCGCGACGCAGAAGGGCGACGUUUACAGUUUCGCAAUUAUCCUGGAGGAGAUAGUGGUCCGCGGUGGUCCGUAUGAAAUAACCAGGAGUUUUAUGACGGCGCAAGAGAUCGUGAACAGAGUAUCAGCAUCGGAGAAUCCUCCUUUGAGACCAGAAGUCACGCCGAAGGACUGUCCUCCAGAUAUACUCUCAUUGAUGGAGAAAUGUUGGCACGAAGUUCCUGACGAACGACCCAGCUUCCAUACCAUUCGUGGCAUAAUACGAGGAAUCAUGAAAGGAUAUUGCGAGAAUUUAAUGGACGAUCUGCUACGACGAAUGGAGCAAUACGCCAACAACUUAGAGGCGCUCGUCGAGGAGAAGACCGAACAAUUGAGCUUGGAGAAGCGUCGCAGUGAGGAAUUGCUGUAUCAGGUGCUUCCGAGACAAGUCGCCGGUCAGUUAAUGGCUGGGGAGAUGGUACAACCGGAGCAGUUUGAAUGUGUCACCAUUUAUUUCAGCGAUAUCGUUGAUUUCACGGCGCUAUGUGCGCAGAGUACACCUAUGGAGGUCGUGGAUUUCCUGAAUGAUUUGUACAGUACCUUCGACAGUAUUAUUGGAUUCUACGACGUUUAUAAGGUGGAAACAAUAGGAGACGCGUAUAUGGUGGCGUCUGGUCUUCCAGAAAGAAAUGGUGACGAACAUGCGAGAGAGAUUGGACUGAUGGCUCUGGCGAUAUUAGACGCCGUCAGAUCGUUCACCAUAAUGCACAAACAAAAUACUCAAUUGAGCGUACGGAUCGGCGUGCACAGUGGUCCAGUUUGCGCUGGAGUGGUAGGUCAGAAGAUGCCGCAUUAUUGCCUCUUCGGCGACACCGUGAACACGGCAUCUCGAAUGGAAUCCUCCGGUCUUCCUUUGAGAAUACACGUCUCCAAAGCAACGAAGAAUAUCUUGGACAAGUUCGGGACAUUCGAUCUUGAGCUCAGAGGAGAGGUGGAGUUGAAGGGAAAGGGUAGGGUAACAUCUUACUGGUUAACCGGUUGUUCGGAACCCGAUUCCAGAUUGGUCGUGCCGAAAUAUCGCAGGCCUAGUAGCAGCCAACCCGAAAACAAUCUCAAUCCAUUAAUCUUUCCACCAAAUAAUACAAAUGGCUCAAAAACAAGUAACACUUUCAUCAAUUUGGCGGAAUUAUCAUAA